CCAAACUCGGAUAUCGAAGGUUAUCACAUUAGUUCUCGAACUCAGUCGAAUAUCGCAGUUACUAUGUCUAGCUCAUCUGACCGCGCUCCCGUGCGAGACCAAGCGGAAGCCGAUGCCUGGUUCCCAUCCCCUUACUCGCUCACGCAGUAUGUGUCAGCCAAGACGGACUUUGAUGGAGCAAACUACCCCAACUCUUACAAAGGCGGCAAAUGGAAGGUUCUUCUCAUUGGAACACAAGAGCGUUACCUCGAGAUGGCUGGCGGCGAAUUCUUUUCGACUGGUAAUCAUCCGGUAGAGAUGCUCCUGCCCAUGUACCACCUCGACGCCGCAGGCUUCGAGAUCGACAUUGCGACUCUCUCUGGCGACCCAGUUAAGCUUGAGAUGUGGGCCUUUCCCCAGGAGGAUAAGGCCUUCAAGGAAAUUUACGAGAAAUACAAGGCCAAAAUCCGCAAGCCACUUAAUCUCGAAGACGUAUGGGGCAAAGGUUUCACCCAGCAAACACCCUAUCUCGCUGUCUUCGUUCCUGGUGGUCAUGGCGUAUUGAACGGGGUCCCUUUUUCUGCGACCGUCGGCAAAGUUCUUCGCUGGGCACAUGAGAACCAACGUUUCCUCAUUACACUGUGCCAUGGCCCGGCAUGCAUGCUUGCCGCUGACAUUGACAAGCCUGAGGGCAGCAAAUUCAUUUACGACGGAUACCAAAUUGAUGUUUUUCCGGACUCUUUAGACUCAGGAACCAAUAUUGAUAUUGGGUACAUACCUGGGAAGAUGGAGUGGCUGGUUGGCGAACGGCUCCGCAAGCUCGGCGUCUUGCCUCUCAAUAAAAGCAUCACUGGCGAAACCCAUAGGGAUCGGCUUGUCCUUACCGGCGAUUCUCCGCUGGCGUCCAACAACCUCGGCAAGUUAGCUGCGGAGACACUCUUGAAGGAGUUUCCAGGAUGAUUCCUCAUUUCAUACUAUCCACCCCAGUGAUGGGGGGGUCAACAUAAACAUUGCGAAAGGUCCCUAUGUGCCGGUUUUAGAAAGUUAGCAUACACCCGAAAAAGUUUUCCAAUUUUUGUCGUGAUAUCUGUGUUUGUACACUUUACUAGGGCAAUAUUUACACUUGCCAGAAUCUGGAGCUUCAGUCCCACCAUUCCUAGUAAUGUAAGCAAGGCCACCUACUCGCCCUGGCUGGUACCAGGCUGUGAGUCGAUAUCGAUUCGAGAUGCCCUCCCGCCUCGUCUGAAAGCAAAGCCGAACUGACACGACAUGCUGGAUCUUUGUCUAUUAACUUCACG